AUGGCUCUUGUUCGUGGUGCGCGCUCGCCCGGUGCGGAGAGCCGGGAGCGUGAGGAGACAGUGGAGGGGAGAAUCAGAGAGGACGACAACGAGCGUCAACAGGAGCUGGACGAAUUGAUGGCAGACCAGGACUCGUUCGAGCUAUCGGAACCACCUCUAUCGACUUUUGAACGCCUCUUUACCACGCAUGUCCCGAUCCUCGAAUCUCUGUUACUGCAGACGCCGACCGAUGCCAUACUCAAACUAUCCCACACCUCCCGUCACCUACGAUCCUUCCUCCGCUCAUACCCAACAGCAUGGAAACAUUUAUCAUUCCGCUUGCUAUACCCCUCUGGCACCCCGUCGCCGCUGCGGAUCAUUCUACCGGGGACGACAGAACCUAGGGUACCGCGACAGUCUCGACCAUAUGCUCUCGAUCAGCUGUUGAUGAAUGUGGUGGUACCGUUCAGCCCGUGUUUGAAGAGCCUGGAGCUGGAUAACACGGCUGUCUCUGGACAAUUUCUCAUAUCUACCGUUCUGCACUCGCGGCGGGAAACGCUGGAACAUCUCUCUGUUCGCGGAUGCAAGAAUGUCUCUCUGAAAUACCAUAUCAUCCCCUAUCUGAUGAUGUACGGGUUGCAAUACGAUGUCAGCUUGGAGCGAAAUAUCGGUAGCUCACCGGCCACGAAACAUCUCGCGCUGAAGAGUCUUUACACCUACAGAUGCCGACACCAUCGUCGACGGCCGUAUCUUUCCUCUUCUCUCACGCGGAAAGAUUCGGACUCGGAACCGACUCAUGAACUUGUCAACCUCUGCCAUAAACUUGGCAUCUGGACAGACACUGCAUGGUGCUCCACUCCAGCCGGAAGAUGUUUCCGAAGAAGAGGCUAUGUAACCAUGCGCUCCCCACAGGGUUCUCCGGAAGUAUGGGUGGUGUUUGAUCGACUCUGGAGGUCAAAGAACUGGAUUGGACCGAUUGAUUCGGCUAGUACUCGUCCUGUGCAGAAAGAUGGUAAAUUGUGGGAGCAUGAUGAAACUGGGUGUUACGGCGAAGCACUUGGAACCGGGGAGAAGAGAGAUUUGGGGGAGGGCAAGUCAACGCCGGCGCAUUUGCGUCAAAGCCACCGUCGGUUUGUUGAGAAUAUCCGCUGCGACAGUUGCUGCGAAGAGAUUGGUGAGAGGUGUGAACAAUGCAGUAUCCUCAUGCAUUGCGUCGGGUGCCGAAAGACACUCUGCGCUAGCUGCGCCUACGAACGACCUUAUCUCCACUCUCCACCACCCAAGUCCUCGGUAACGGGAGAAUCAGCAGGGCCCUUCUGGUGGGCUCCGGGUGCAGCCACCUCUCCCUGUUUGAUGCAUGAUCCUACAGCCGAAGACAUCCAGGAUGAUACCGCAGUGCAGCCGCCCAAUACCCCUACCUACCCCGCGCUGAGCUUUCACUGGUGCUGCAUCGAGCCCAUAUUCUCUGGUGGCGGUGGCAUUAGCAUUGGUACACCUAAUCGCGAUGUUGACCAAGUUCGUGCCGCACCUCUUCCACGUGGCCAAGGAUGGGAAGAUCUCGAAUACUCGGCCCAAGAGUGGAGCAAAUCGUUUCCCAAGUAUGCCUAUGGCGACCCUCGGAAGCCAGACUACACCCUUGAAACCGGGCAUAUUGCCAUGAUGAAAUGGUUGCUGGGUCCACCUGACCGCCAGCCUUCUGCGUGUCCUCGGAAUCUGUGCAAAGACUGCUACGACACGCCUCAGUGGAAGGUACACUGCAAGCGCUGCUCCAAGCCGCUUUGCAUUGAGCAUGAUUUGCGUGGACUCCGUCUACGGAUCUGCGGGUAUCGCGACCUCAACCUGGAGAAGCUGGCGAUUCAGAACCAAGUCGUUGCAGCCGCGGCCGCACGAUCGGCUAUAGCAGGCGAGGCCGACGAUACAUCCUCAGCGGCCUAUCAAAAUGCGGCAGCUUCUGGCUUUGACCUUCCGUAUAGAACCCACAGACUGAUUGACUCCACAACGAGCAGUUUCACUGAAGAUCAUGGCGACGCUCAUCCCCUCGGAAGCCCAAGCGCCGGCCCAUCUCACCCUCCGCGCCGUCGCUCGCGCAGUAUCUCAGUGUCAAAUUCCAACCAAUCUCGCUCCCGCUCCCCAUCUUUCUACUCAGACUCGCCUCUUGAACACCAGGUCGCAAAGUGGCAAGGCUGCCAAUCGUUCUUUUGUCCCACAUAUCGCGAGAUUGGAGACCAACGAGAACGCUGCGCCACCGUCCUCCGCAAAUGCUUUAGCUGCUCCGUCUACGUCUGCCAGGAAUGCGUGACUGCACAUCCGCCCUGCAAAUGCUCAUACUGCGAAAUGAACUACCUCUGCCCGAACUGCGCAAAGCUGCGUGAUCGGGACGGAACCUGCCGCCGUGCGGUGGAAGAAAGAGCGCUACACGAGGAGAAGAUGAACCGGGACCUGCAGAUGUUGCAACGGAUGCUGGAGACAAAGUUCGCUAAUGAAGUUGCAGAGUUUGCAGGGCAAUUUUUCGACACCGUUGAACAGUCUAGUCCAAACGCGACUCAUCUUGAGGAAGCCGCCGAGUUUGAGCCCGAGCCUCAGUCUCAGACGCCUCAACCCUCUGCCUCGGCCCAGCAGAACGAUGUCAACGAGAGGCUACCUCAUCCAUAA